ACCGAUGUCCGGAAUAACUUUUCCGUAGGAGUUCCUGCUUUCCGGCUGCCGGACUUUGUCUCGGGUCGGGUCCAGGAGUCGGAGAUCCGGGUACAUUAUCUUCUCAGGCAGCCCUCUCUCUCUCGAACCACACUUUGUCCAAUUCUUCUGGGAUCGAAGAUGUGGAAUUAGAGAUUUUUCGGCAGAUUUCGUUGAAUAGACAGAUGCAGUGUGCAUUUCUAUAGCCGCAUCGAUUGGAAAACGUGUCAGAGAAUGGCAAAGUGUCGGCCGGUUUGGCGGAUUAUUUCUCCGGCGAAGUGGACCAGAAGUUAUCUGAUACGAUGGGAACCGAGGCCGGUGGAGUUGUAGUCGUAGACAUCGAUCGGAUCAAUACUUGUCUCGGUAGAAAUGUUGCUGUUACGUUCGAGGAGUUUGUGGAGAAGAAGAAGAACAAGUACAAGAAGGGUCAUCAUCAUCAUCAUCAUGGUCAUAUUGAUGGAUUCAUCUGCUGCUUCUCGAAACCUCGUCCAACAUAUCAAGCAUCUGGAGUUUUGGUUGUGAGCAAGUCAACAAGACAGUGGAGGAAAAUGGAGGCUAACUUCAGAUCUGAUUAUGAUGUGAUCGCCAUUGGAGAUGUGUUCUAUGCCAAUGUGGAGGGAGGGAAGGACUACAUUGCUCUUCAUUUUCAGCGGGCAUGGAUUCUUGAAGUUCUGGUUUUGGUUCUUUUUUAA